AUGGGCAAGGACAGCCAGGACAAGCAGCUGCUGGGCGGCAGGAGGGCUCCGUCCCCGGGCCUCAGCCAGCGGCAUCCCCGGACCCCCAAGUGCUCCCGCUGCCGGAACCACGGCUACGUGUCCCCGCUGAAGGGACACAAGCGCUUCUGCAACUGGAGGGACUGCCAGUGUGUCAAAUGCAAACUGAUCACAGAGAGACAGCGGGUCAUGGCGGCCCAGGUGGCCCUGCGGCGGCAGCAGGCUCAGGAGGAGGAGCUCGGGAUCUGCAGUCUGAUGGCUCUGUCCGGGCCCGAGGUGCUGGUCAAGAACGAGGCUGCGGCCGACUGCCUGUACCCGGUGGAGGGACGCUCCCCCACGACCACCAGCACCUCCAGCACCUCCUCUUCCUCUCCCUCUGUCUCAGGGGGUGGCUCCACAUCGUCCUCCAGCCCCUCAGCCAUCUCCAGGGCUCCGACUGGUGGAUCACCUGACCGGCUGGUGGAAACCUCCUACUACAACUUCUACCAGCCGUCCCGCUACCCCACCUACUACAGCAACCUGUACAACUACCAGCAGUACCAGAUGCCCCAUGGCGAUGGCCGCCUGUCGAGCCACAACAUGUCUCCUCAGUACCGCAUGCAUUCCUACUACUCAGCUGCCUCCUACCUGAGUCAGGGCCUGGGCACGACCGCCUGCGUCCCCCCCAUCUUCACCCUGGAGGACAACAACUACUCCGAGACCAAGGCAGCCUCCUUCUCUCCCAGCAGCAUCGCUGGAGGCCACGACUCCGCCAUGGCCUGCCUGUCCAUCAACUCCCUGGUCAGCCCUGAUGUCAAGGCCGAGUGCGAGGGCAGCGCCGAGUUGGCCAGCUUCACCGUCAACUCCAACAUGGACGGUGCGGCCAAAUAA